CCUCCCUCCUCCCCUGCACCAAAGGCAGCAAACACCCUGCUCGAUCUUACACACGCACCAUGGCGGCAUCAGUAGCCUGCUCCUUCUUCUUCGACGCCGAGCCGGCCGGCGAGGCCAGCAUGCCAGCGCUGGACGCGUGCGCGCUCUGCUGCAAGCCGCUCGCGCGCGACAGCGACAUCUUCAUGUACAGAGGGGACACCCCCUUCUGCAGCGAGGACUGCCGCGACGAGCAGAUGCAGCUCGACGCCGUCUACGCCAGGCAGGCCGCCCGGAGGCUGCAGCUCUACUCUUCCGGAGCUGCGGCGCGCCGUGGGCACCAGGAGACCAGGAAGGUGUCCGUCGUGAGCUGA